UAAUUAGUUGCUAAAAUGGCUGUUGUUAGAGGCUUCAUGUCAAAGGCCAUGCUCCAAAUUCCCAUGUUGAAAACCAUACAAUGGAAAUUUAUGAUCGUAUGUGCUCCUGGAUCCAGAAGGCCAGGUAUUACUACAGGUCCUCCUCCACAAAUCAAUAGAACCCCUCAAACGAAUGCGGUGACGGAUGAGGACAGGCCAGUUAUUACCACAGGCCCUCCUCCACAAAUCAAUCAAGUACCUCAUAAGAAUGGUGCGACGACGGACGAGGAGGAGCAGAAUGGUGCCAAUGGCUCAAAUCGAAAACCGAUUCCAGCACAAGUUGUGAAGAACCUCUGAUUAAUGAAUAAGCUUAUAGUUCUCUUGCUGCUUGUGAUAUUGGUUAACUUUUAAAGUCUUGUGUUACAAAUUCAAUUGUAAUCUUAUAUCUUUGAGUUUUUAAACUCUCAACCGUAUAAGAUAACAUUUGGAUUUUGUAAUAUGCUGACUCAAAUUGAAAAUCAAGUAAUGCCAAGACAAAGCAAAAAUCCCAAAGUAACUGAAUCCUCUUGUAAUAGCUGUGACUAGCUAAGAAUAAGAAAUAGAAAUA